AUGGCUGGCCUUUUGCGGCCACACGGUGCUUGCGUUCCGCUUUUCCUUCCCCGGUACCCCACCCCCACCUUGAGAGAUUCUGUCAUCGUUCAGGUAGCCACUCGAGUGACACGUGUCGUUCAUCGAGCAGCUCGGAUCGACGGUGCAAAAGGUCCCGAAGGCAGCAGCGAAGUAGGGGGCAACCGGACACAGCAAGUAGCCGGCUCAAGCGCAGCAUCUGAACGGGCGGAGCGAGGCAGCACAACUGCGAGAGGCAAAUCCCCUUCGAAAACUCCCGAUGAACCACCAGAAAAGCCGCUCACCAGCAGUGGUGGCGCCGGAAAUGCUCGCGGGAGCACAGGCGGCGGCGACGCCGGGCGCGAGGGCAGGGGGAAGAAGGGCAAGGCGCGGAUCGACCCGGUGGGGAUAGUGGCGAGCGACCCGUCGCUGAAGGCGUUUGAGGGCGACCUGCGUGCGCGGUACAAGCGACUCAAGGACCUGCGCCAGCUCAUCGAGCAGGAGGACGAGGACCUGCUCGAACUCGCCAACGCGCACAAGAUGAUGGGGCUGCACCGCCAUCCGUGGCACUGCAUCGAGCUCUAUGAAUGGGCGCCAGGCGCAACCGGCUGUGCGCUGGUAGGCACAUUCAACGACUGGGACGGCACAGAAGCUGUGUCAGAGAGAGGCCCGGCAGGGUGCGACGAGCUGGGCGUGCACCGCGUGGUGCUGCAGGACCGCCUGCGCGCAGGGCAGCAGGCAGACCCGUUCGGGCAGGAGUAUAACUAUGAUGUGGAGACGGAUAGUGGCGAUAGGGACUUGGACUGGGAGGGGCUGUAUAGGGCUGCUCAGGAAGGUUACUGGGAGGAGGGCGAGGACCAUCUGAUGCAUGAGUAUGUGGACCCGGAUUUGGAGGAGGAGGAGGCGGAGGCGGAGUGGGGUGGAGGGAGUGUGGUUGAGGGAGAGGAUGGGGGAUUGGAGGAGGGGGAGGAAGGGGGGUUGAGAGGGGGGUUGGGUGGUGGUGGUGGUGGCGGUGGUGGGGGGGAGGGGGGAGGGGAACGGAGUAAGCAGCAUGUGCAGGGCAAGGAAUGGGUUGAGAAGGCGAGGGAGACAGGGGCGUACAAGGGGUGGGUGAACGGGCCGAUGCACUUGACUGAAGCACAACAGCGGGAGGAGGAGCAGGAAGACGGGCAGACAGAGGGGCAAGCAGCACAGAAACCCGCACGCAGGCAGCAGGCAAAGGCAUCCGGCGCAGGCAGCAGCAAAUCCGGCAACUCAAGCAAGCUGCCGCCCAUAGCAGUGCCGUACACAGGCAGUGAGGGCGCGGGAGUGGGCGACUGGCAGCUGCUUAAAGACCCCGCAUGGGCAGCGUACGUGGAGAACAAGCAGCUGCCGUACCCGUACUGGCUGGCGGAGAGGAAGGGGCGGAAGGCGUGGGCGAGGAAGUAUGAGGUGGCGGUGAGGCAUGGCGACCGGUGGAGGGUGCAGCUGAGCACGGCUCAGGGGUUGCUGCAGCGCGUUUCCGCGUGGGCCACGUUUGUCGCUCCAGAGGACAGGGAGGGGCGGAGGUGGAGUGGGGUGGUGUGGGACCCGCCUCUGGGCGAGCGGCACAAGUGGCAGCACACAGCGCCCCCUCGCCCCCGCACCCUGCGCGUGUACGAGGCACACGUGGGGAGCAGCGGGGGGAAGGCGGGGAGAGUGCGCAGUGCAGGCGAGGAGGAGAGGGGCGUGUUGAGAGGGGAGGGGGAAGGGGAGGAGGGCAGGGUGGAAGGAGGCGAGGGGGAGCGGGUGGAGUGGCGUGGAGGUAGUCGGGAGGUGACGAGCUUCGAUGAGUUCACUGAUGCGGUGCUGCCGCGCAUCAAGGCGGCGGGGUACAAUGCGGUGCUGCUGCUGGGCAUCAUGGAGCACCCCGACUAUGCCUCGCUGGGCCUCAAGGUGUCGAGUCCGUUCGCAGUGAGCAGUCGCUUUGGCUCCCCGGAUGCUUUCAAACGACUCGUCGACACCGCACAUGGCAUGGGGCUGCUGGUGAUGAUGAGCGUGGUGCUCUCACAGGUGGGGUCGUACGAGGCAUUUGGUCUCCUCAACUUCGACGGCCAAGCCAACUCCUUCAUCCGCCCAGGCAAGCGCGGGUACCACAAGCGGGUGGGCACGCGCAUCCCGGACUUCGGCAGCUACGAGGUCAAGCGCUACCUGCUCUCCAACCUGCGCUGGUGGGCGGAGGAGUAUCAGUUGGACGGCAUGCUGUUCCACUCCUUGCCAUCCAUGAUCUACUACCACAAUGGAUACUCCGACUUCGAACGCGGGGUGGAAGAGUUCUUCGGAGCAGCAGUGGACGAGGAUGCGUUAGCAUACCUGGUACUGGCGAACGACAUGCUGCACCAGCUCAACCCCGCCUUCCUCACCAUCGCCCAUGACGCGACAGUUUACCCGGGGUUGUGUGCGGGGACGCACGAGGGCGGGCUGGGGUUUGACCUGCGGCUGAAUGGUGCGCCCAUGGAGAUGUGGCCGUGGCUGCUGCACCACGCGUGGCAGGGGGGCGAGGUAGUGCCGGGGAAGACGCACUUGGAGGAGUGGAGCAUGGAGGAGAUGAUGCUCACAUUGCUGCAGCAGGGCUGUGGGGAGCGCACCUUGGUGUGCGCCGAGGGCCACUUGCAGGCGGUAGCAGGAGACCCUCUAGCGCACACACUGAUAGGCCGAUACAUGCCGGAUGAAGAGGAGCGGCCAUCUGGCACACACUUGCCAUGGUCGUCAGCACCAUCAGCAGCAGCGACUGUGUGGUACCAGCUACCUCAAGUGCACCGCGGCGUGGCUCUCUACAAAUUGAUUCGGCUGAUAACGUUGUCAGCAGCGGGGGAUGCAUACAUGUCGUUCAUGGGGAAUGAGUUCGCCCACCCGCAUCGCCUGCAUCUGACAUCAAGGCCGCAUGAGGGCUCGUCGCAGUGCUGCUGGCAACUGCAGGAGGACGCCCGCAGCCCCUUCGCCCACAUCGCUGCCUUUGAUAGGGCGGUGAUGGCGUUGGACGAGAGGGAGGGAGUGCUGGCGCUGGAGAAGCCCCACAUGCGCCAUGUCAGCGAGGAGCACCGGGUGGUGUGCUUCACGCGCGGCCCACUGCUCUUCCUCUUCAACUUCCACCCCGCGCGCUGCUUUGCCUCCUUCUCCAUCGCCCUGCCUCGUGCCGGCGAGUACACUCUACUGUUGGACUCAGAAGCACGGGAGUAUGGCGGGGGGCACCACACACACGGCAUCCACGCUCUGCCCACCGUGCAAGCCACGCCCACGCCGCUGCCUCCCCACUCGUACGUCUCAACACACGCCUUACCAUCAUCUGCUUCACCCGUGUCCGCUUCGCACCACCCUCACAAGCAGUUUAAAAAUGGGCACGCUCAGCUGAUGGGCAAGUAUACCGCAGGGGAGCCACAGCAUCCUUUGCACUGCCUGCUCUCACUGCUCAGUAAAACCGUUUCUUAUUUUAGACGACUUGCCAACCCGCUUUCACAGUCGACCCCGCUAUCCGCCAAGAUGAAUGCGCCAGAUCGCUAUGAGCGCUUCGUGCUCCCCGAUGGCAUGAAAAAAGUGUCGUACGAGCGCGACACCAAGGUGUUGAACGCGGCGACGCUGGUGAUUCAGAGGGAGGACCACACCAUCGGCAACCUGCUGCGCAUGCAGCUACACAGAGACCCUCAUGUGCUCUUUGUUGGGUACCGCAUUCCUCACCCUCUCAAGUAUGAAGUGCAGUUCAAGAUCCAAACUACGAGCCAGUCUUCUCCCCAGCAGGCGUACAACACAGCCCUCACUGCCCUCGAUGGAGAAAUGCUGCAACUCAAGGCUUCCUUUCAAGAGGCAGUGAAGCAAUGUCGUGAGCGCCCAGCUUACUACUGA